AUGACCGCUUAUACACUCUAUGCUAUAAGCUUCUUGAUUCCUAUUGUCAUCUGGUGGUACCGAUUCAAACCCAUCACUCUACCCGGUGUACCACAUUGGCCCAAUGGCCACUUUCUAUGGGGUGACUUACUUCGACUGAAACACAUUUUGCUGAAUAACGGAUCGUUCACCGAUUUUCUGGAUCUAUCAGCAAGCACACUUGGACCGAUAUGUCAGAUAAGACUUGGCCCUUUCGCCCAUAUGGUAGUUAUAACUGAUUAUAUGGAGAUGGAAUCCCUUCUACUUCGACGUCAUCAAUCACUCGAUCGAUCAUCUCAGACGACAAGUCUAUUCAAAACUAUCUUACCCCGAGCUCUGCUUACGCUAAAAAGCGCUCUUACGAUGCCGAAUAUCACUAGAUCUGCUCAGGACUUGGCGAGAUUGUGGGAAAAGAAGAAUGACUUGAGUCGUGGGAGGAGUUGGCAAGCUGAAAAGGACUUGGAGAGUGCCACGAUGGAUGCAAUCUGUGGAAUGGCAUUUGACAAGUCAUGGGACGUUGUUCCCAGUUACAUAAACCGGCUGGAACGGAUCAACGCGCAUACCGAAGGUGGAACUGUCGAAAUGGGUGAUAGAGAUGAGAUGAUAUUCAGGCUGGAAGCACCUGAUCUGGCGAAGAGUACAUGGUAUAUCUUCAAAGCGGUUCCCGUCCAAAGUCCGUUCCCCGCUUUAACCCAUUUCUUCACUCGACUUAAACCAAGUUAUCUGUACCACGUCAAGCGUAUAGACGAUUUCCUAUCCGAUAGAUUGUAUGAAGCUCGACAACGCAUCCUUACUACAUCACUUGAAGUAGCGUGGGAAGUAGCGGAUAAUACUCUGGAUUUGUUGGUGGCAAAACGAAUGCAGCAAGGUGAUGAGGCAAUGUCAGAUGAUGAGAUCAAACAAGAACUUUUACAAUAUUUACUUGCAGGUACCGAGACUUCUUCCACGACUCUUGCAUGGUGGUGUAAAUUCAUGACCAAUAACCCAUCCAUACAAACAAAAUUACGAGGACAUCUUCUCGAACGUUUACCCGAAAAUUCCGACAAAAAUAUCAAUUUUGACGAUCUCAGUCCUGCCAAUGUACCAUACCUUGAAGCGGUGGUUCAUGAAACCCUUCGGGUAGCUCGUACCGCCGGAGGCUUCCUGAGAGAUACCAAAGAAGAUAUGAUGAUACUCGGUCAUCAUAUCCCAAAGGGAACAACCCUUGCGUUUCCAACUUCGAUAGGAUAUGAGGAUUGCUCACCUGUCGACCACAAACGGCCCAAAUCACCUGGCACCGAGUCUCAGCAUACUACAGAUCAUGAUCAGAAAAGACGAGUAGGGUAUUGGGACUACGGCACCGGCCAUAUCUUCGAUCCUGAAAGGUGGUUAACUGAAGAUGGCCGAUUCAAUCCAAUCGCCGGACCAAGUCUGCCUUUCUCACUUGGUCAACGUAGAUGUUUCGGUAAGAACCUAGCUCUUCUUGAGUUGAGGGUGUUCAUCGCACAGCUCAACCUUUCGUUCUUCUUCGCACCGAUACCCGCAGACCAGAACCGUUUUGAUCGACUUGAUGAUGUCAUCAGCCAUCCCAAGGAUUGCUUCAUUCGACCUAUACCUUGGGCAAGGAGGGAUGCGAGCUGUUAG